AUGGAAGCCCCCAAGGCCCCCAAGGCCUCCAAGAACCCCUCCAGCACCAGGGGCCUCUUCAACACCAACAUGGGACCUCUGCAGCGCCAGCUGCGCCUGGGCGAGUACAACCUGCUCAAGUGCGCAGCCAUGUUUGAGAGCGACUUCGUCCAGGUCAGCAAGCAAGGUGGCAUUCUUGACGUCCAUAAUCAGGUGCAACAGGUGCGUGUCGCCAUCGCGGCCACCAGCCCGGGUCUUCCGGUGCCCGACGUGCUCUUGCUGGCCCGGCCAGUCCUGCUCCCUCAACAGCUGCCCCCCACCCUGCAGCACAGGUAUCGCCCCCGUGCUCGGAACAGGAAGUUUGAGCUCACCAGGCUCCUUCCCUUGUGCUUCGUCAAGAUCACCAUCCACGACCAGGAGAAGAAGCAGCUGCGCUUCAAGAUGGUGACCGGGCGGACCUUCUACCUCCAGCUGUGUCCCCCAGCAGACAACCAGAAGGACAACUUUGACUUGUGGGUCAAGGUGGUCCAUCUCCUCCGGCCCCCCUCAGACAUUAGCCAGGAUAAGUGGCGCCAGGACCCGUGGAAGUCUGAGGAUUUGGCCCCCCAAGCAACAGCCAGCUCGGCCACCCAGGCCUCGGACGAGAGAGAGAUCUCCAUCGCGGAAGUGCUGAGCACCCUGCAGGAGGAGAUCCUGGACAGUCCCGCCAACACGAUGGACUUCCUGGACACCCCCAGCAUCUCCACAAGCCCCACCACGACCCUGGUGGCUCUCCAAGAGAGGCUGGAAAGCCCCUUCCCACUGGAGGUCCACAGCUCCAUGGAGGAGCCCUGGAGGCUCUCCCCGGAAGGGAAGACGGAGGACCCCAUGGCGCUCUUGCCCGUCAGCAGAUACGAGACCAGCGAUGCUCAGAAGGAGAGCCCGGAGGUGGCCCAUGGGGCAGGAGGUCAAAGGAAAAGCAAAACCCGAACCAAGUCCAGCCGAUCUCGCCGAAGCCAUUCGUCCAAGAGAGCACUGAUGAUGUUACCUAGUCGGGCCAUGAAAGGCCCACAAGAAAACCAGCAAGCUUAG